GUAACAAAGCUGGAUGAGUUCCCGCUCCCUCGCAUCGACGAGACCCUGGACCUUCUGGCAGGAGCAAAGUAUUUCACUACCCUGGACUUGGAGUCUGGAUAUUGACAGGUCCCAAUGGAGCCAACAUCACAGGAGAAGACAGCAUUCGUGACUCACUGUGGCUUGUACGAGUUCACGAAGAAUUCACGAAAAUGCCGUUUGGGCAAGUGAACGCUCCCGCCACCUUCCAGAGGCUCAUGGAACUUGUACUCUCUAGACUGGCUCAGGACAAAUGUCACAUUUACCUUGAUGACGUCCUGGUAUUCGGGCGGACCCUAACUGAGUAUAAUCGGAACCUCCUGACGCGUAUCAGGAAGGCCAGGCUAAGAUUGAAACCGAAGAAAUGCAAGUUUGCCAAGCUCUCAGUUGAGUAUCUGGGGUAUGUGAUCUCAUCGGCAGGUAUCCAACAGAUCCGCAGAAAGUCCUGUCUUUCCAGCAUUACCCAACAUCCACCGAUAUCAAAUCUCUUCGUUCAUUUCUUGGGCUGGCAUCGUAUUACAGGAGGUUCGUUACGAAUUUCUCCAAGGUGGCUGGACCACUCCAUGCGCUAACAAAAGAAGAUGUGCCUUACGAGUGGAGUGACACAUGUUAGAACAGCUGCGAGAGCCUAAAAACCUUACUGACCAC